UAAAACGAAUUAUAGAACUAGUACUGAACUGAGCAACGACCCCUCCAACAGCUUGUAUUAGUAGACCUUCAGCUUGCUUGCGCACUUGCCGUUGAAGUUAAGCCAUUGCACCAUAGUGAUAAAUUAUGGGCUGGAGGUGCAAUUAGUAAUUCCUCAAUGCUAGCUCAGGAGCUGCUUCGUGACAUGGGCCCGUAAAUGUUAGCCACAAACCGAUUUGCUCGGUGUGAAGCACUACUACGUGCUAAUAGGUGACACAGAGAGUUGCAUUGGGGCUUAAGCCCCGCGGCGCCUUGACACCAUGGCCGAGCUGCACGUCAUCGGGCAGAUUCUCGGUGCUGUAGGGUUUCCCAGCCAGAACCUGUUUUGCAAGUGGGGAGUUGUAGCUGGGCGAAGCUGGGAGCUGUUAGAGGGCCUUGACUCCGGUCAAACCCAGCUGGAUCUCGCUGAGGACGGCGAGCCGGUGGUGUGGGCGCACCCACUGGACCUGCACUACGCCUGCCGCGGCCUGGCCGGCUGGCCCAAGUUGUACUUCCAAGUGUGGAGCCAGGACGUGCACGGCCGCAACGACAUAUGUGGUUACGGCUUCUGCCACGUGCCCACCGCCCCCGGUAUGUACGAGCUGGACUGCCCCACCUGGAUUCCCGAGGGCAGUGUGGGGGAGCGCAUCGCCGCCUUCUUCCUGGGCGGCGCGCCGCGGCUCAAGUACGAGGAGGUGGUGGUGAGCCCGGGCGACCGCUUCCGGCUGAACACUGUGGCUGGGGGGGUGGUGCAGCUGCAGCUGGGGGUCAUCACAAAGGACUUUGCACGCAACCAUGUGCAGCUGGGGUGAGGAGGAGGCCAGGAUGAGGAGGAGGAAAGGAGAUGGAGGAGAAGGAGCAGCAGAAUGGAAAACGUAAUGUCACAAGGCAUUAAUUUGGUUCGUGAUGUGGUUGAAGCUCUGCUGGGGUGAGGAGGGGAGGAGCAAUAGGAGGAGGAUGCUCCAGGGCAGGCAUGAGAGGAGGAGCUGGGCGAUGUGGUGCGGUUGCUGUGAGGCGCUGCUAGGGUGUGAAGUGCCCGCAGCUGAAGUACCUUUUAUUGCGGAGGUCGCAGCUGCGGGACUGGAGCAUCCAGGGGCUGAGAGUCAGUGCGACGGCGACCAGAGGUGUAAGGAGUAAGUAGGCGUAACGAUGGGCAGAGCGAAGGAACGGAGCUUGCAAGCUAUAAUUGGGCCUUGUAGGUUUCGGACAACAUGCUUCUAUUGCAAGCGUGUACGGGACGUUUACGUGUGAGGCGGAAUGCAGUGUCCGUCGGCCCGUGGGCUAGGUAGGUAUCCAACGAUACCGUAUAUGGUUGCUCGAAACCUGGACAGAUUAGUGGGCCAAUGUACUACAGCUCAUGAAAAAGGAGCACCGAACGUGCAUGGAGGGGAGGUGCACAUGGAUAGGGGGCACAUUGGUGGGUCAGCAGGAAGACAAGUGGCGGCGAUCGGCAGU